CACGGGCCGAACCUGCGCGCGAGCAGCGGCGCGCAGAGGGCACCGGGCGCCCGGAGCAAGCGGCGCAGCACCAGCAUUGUGGUAGUGCCGGGAGGCCAGUGUGUCAGCAAGCUGAGAGGGAAACUGAGGCAAGAUGUCGGGCCGGAGCGGGAAGAAGAAAAUGUCCAAGCUGUCCCGUUCAGCCAGGGCCGGAGUCAUCUUCCCCGUGGGGAGGCUGAUGCGUUACCUGAAGAAAGGGACGUUCAAGUACCGGAUCAGCGUGGGUGCUCCCGUGUACAUGGCGGCAGUCAUCGAGUACCUGGCAGCCGAAAUUCUAGAAUUGGCCGGCAAUGCUGCGAGGGACAACAAGAAGGCCCGGAUAGCCCCAAGACACAUCCUGUUGGCAGUUGCCAAUGACGAGGAGCUCAAUCAGCUGCUAAAAGGAGUGACCAUUGCCAGUGGAGGAGUAUUGCCCAGAAUUCACCCCGAACUGCUGGCCAAAAAGCGAGGGACCAAAGGCAAGUCGGAAACUAUCCUCUCCCCUCCCCCGGAGAAAAGAGGAAGGAAGGCCACGUCAGGCAAGAAGGGGGGCAAGAAAUCCAAGGCUGCCAAACCACGGACGUCCAAAAAGUCCAAACCGAAGGACAGCGACAAAGAAGGAACUUCAAACUCCACCUCUGAAGAUGGGCCAGGGGAUGGAUUCACCAUCCUCUCUUCCAAGAGCCUUGUUCUAGGGCAGAAGUUGUCCCUGACCCAGAGUGACAUCAGCCAUAUUGGCUCCAUGAGAGUGGAGGGCAUCGUCCACCCAACCACAGCCGAAAUUGACCUCAAGGAAGAUAUAGGUAAGGCCUUGGAAAAGGCCGGGGGGAAAGAGUUCUUGGAAACGGUAAAGGAGCUCCGCAAAUCCCAAGGCCCCUUGGAAGUCGCCGAAGCCGCUGUCAGCCAAUCCAGCGGACUUGCAGCCAAAUUUGUCAUCCACUGUCACAUCCCUCAGUGGGGCUCCGACAAAUGUGAAGAACAGCUUGAAGAGACCAUCAAAAACUGCCUGUCGGCAGCAGAAGACAAGAAGCUCAAGUCUGUGGCCUUCCCACCCUUCCCCAGUGGCAGAAACUGCUUCCCCAAACAGACGGCUGCCCAGGUGACCCUCAAAGCCAUCUCGGCCCACUUUGAUGAUUCAAGCGCGUCCUCGCUGAAGAAUGUCUACUUUCUCCUCUUCGACAGCGAGAGCAUCGGCAUCUAUGUGCAGGAGAUGGCCAAGCUCGACACCAAGUAGCCACCGUGGCUACACUGUCCAACAGGAGUUGGAGGAGGAUCAAAGUCACAGGAGUGGGUUUUAUUUUUAAAAGGAGAGAGGAAGGGCGACGCAGGGGAGCGCUGGGCGGCUGAAGGGAAGCGGGUGGCAGAGGCUGCGGGAGCAGGCCCCGCCCACCGAUGGAGCCCUCUGCAUUUUAUAUUCUCGGUAAAAAGAGCCUCAGUCUUAAAAACCAGGUCUCCACGAGGAGUUCCUUCCAUGUGUUUUCUUCCUAUUGUUUUAGAACUUUUUUUAAAAACAGACUUCAUUUUAGAUUUAUAGCAUUGACUUUUACACACACACACACACACACACACACACACACAAAUCCUUUCAAAAUUCUUAAGUUUUCUGUUUCUCCUUUUUGCAAGGGCGGAGGGCCUAACAGUGACUCGGGCUUUGCUGGCUGUCUGUAUUGAGUGAUGGGGAGAAGAAAAUUAGAAAGCAUCUCACUGGUGCUUAUUUUC